AAAGUCAAGCGAGAAAUAAACUGGACACCUCACCGGCCGCUGCGCCCCCUACCAAACCAAACUAAUCCCUUCUUCCCGCGAGCGUCUCCCCGGCGUACCCCCUCCGGAGAUCCACCCCGACUCGACCCGACCUGCCACGGCAAUGGCCGGCGCCGCUCCCACCGUCACCAAGUCCCCGCCGUCCCUGGUGCCGCCGGCGGGGCCCACCCCGGGCGGCUCCCUCCCGCUCUCCUCCAUCGACAAGACCGCCGCCGUCCGCGUCUCCGUCGACUUCAUCCAGGUCUUCCCGGCGCCUGGGGGCGGGGACCAGGCCUCCGCGAUCGCGACCAUGCGCGAGGGCUUCGCCAAGGCGCUCGUGCCGUACUACCCCGUCGCCGGCCGCAUCGCGGAGCCCGUCCCGGGGGAGCCCGAGAUCGAGUGCACCGGGGAAGGGGUGUGGUUCGUGGAGGCCGAGGCCAGCUGCUCCCUCGAGGAGGCGCGCAACCUCGAGCGCCCGCUGUGCAUCCCCAAGGAGGAGCUGCUCCCGCGCCCGCCGGCCGGGGUGCGCGUCGAGGACACCGUGCUGCUCGCGCAGGUUACAAAGUUCACAUGCGGUGGAUUCUCUGUGGGCAUUUGCUUCAGUCACUUAGUAUUUGAUGGGCAGGGCGCUGCCCAAUUUCUGAAAGCAGUUGGUGAGAUGGCUAGGGGCAUCCCUGAGCCAUCGAUCAAGCCUAUCUGGGCACGGGACGCCAUCCCCAACCCACCUAAGCCACCCCUUGGCCCGCCACCCUCAUUCACCGCAUUCAACUUUGAGAAAUCAGUGGUUGAGAUCUCUCUGGACAGCAUCAAACGUGUUAAAGACCAGGUUGCAAGUGAAACCAACCAGAAGUGCUCCACCUUUGAUGUGGUCACUGCCAUAAUCUUCAAAUGCCGCGCCUUGGCAGUCGACUUUGCACCUGAUGCCGAAGUUCGCCUAGGCUUUGCUGCCAGCACACGCCACCUGCUGAGCAAUGUGCUGCCUUCAGUCGAAGGCUACUAUGGCAACUGUGUGUACCCUGGUGGUCUCACCAAGACCAGCCAGGAGGUGAAGGAAGCUUCACUCGUGGAGAUCGUGACUGCAAUCAGGGAAGCCAAGGAAGCUCUAUCGUCGAGGUUCCUCGACUGGUUGAGCGGCGGUGCCAAGGAGAACCACUACAACGUGUCACUAGACUAUGGCACGCUUGUCGUCACUGACUGGAGCCACGUCGGGUUCAAUGAGGUGGACUAUGGGUUUGGCGAGCCGAGUUACGUGUUCACCCUGAACGACGACGUGAACAUCGUCCCCUCCGUUGUGUACCUGAAGCCGCCCAAGCCGAAGCAGGGCAUCAGGCUGGUCCUGCAGUGCGUGGAGGGGCAGCACUCCGCUGUGUUCAGCGAGGAGUUGCAGAAGCAUGCAUAGAGUGAGUGUGUCCUACUCCAUAGUUGGGAAUUGUUGUAUUUUGUUGUGACAUUGCUGCUUCCAGACUUGCUUGCAAUAAGACAGGGUUGAUCGUGUUUAUAAAUUGUACUAUUGUCGGAAAGUUACAUUAUACAUGUAUUCACAUUGAUGAAAGAAUAAUAGUGUUCCAUUUGAAGCAAAUUACAAAUUGAUUCA